UCCAUGCGAUCUUAAUCUGCUGCUCGACAUCUCUUGCCCCAACGUCUUGGCAAAGCGGCCUUGGUUUCAAAUGGAACGACUUCUGGAGAUCACGCCGCAGUCUGUGCUGGAGAGUCUUGCCUUGACGUAUGGCGAAGUAGUGCCAGACAUGGCCAAACUGAAAGACAGUGAUGAUGGAGGUGACAGUGAUGGCGAUGAUGGACCCGAAGCAGAAGAUGAUCGCCGGAAGGAGACUGCUGGCGCCUCGUCACCCACUGCACGGAAGAAAAACUACAAAGACUCAGUGAAACGACCAAGUGGGACGCGCUCAGCAGGCGACGACGAGGCACCGAGUCCUCGCGCAGCUGAGAGUCCUCCUGCCACGAGUCUGGACGCGGAAGCCUUGGCCCGAAACAGGGUGAGUCGAGCACGUUCAAUGGACAGGUUUGACCCAUUGCAAUGCGCCAGUGGCGCCAGACCUCCGAUCGUCGAUUAUUCGAUUCCGAUCUCUUCAAUCUAUUUGUCGACCAUGUCGACCAUGUCGA